AUGCUCACAUUGGUGCUCAUAGUGGUCUCGGGGAAGCCGGGGAAGCACGAGGUCGAGCGGAUCGACGAAAUUGGCGACGACGACCGUGGUGACGAAGACAGGUCGAUGGCGAGGCUCGGAACUCUGCAGUACAACUCCUUCUACUCAGGUGUCGAGGACGCUGGUGCCCACCUCCUUGUCUUCUCGUUGCGGCUCGUGGUGGACGUCGACGACGACAAUGAUGGCGGCGCGACGACGGUUGCGCCCCGGCAUGGACGAAAUUAA